AGGAAGGAGCUUAAGACACUCCGGGAGAGUAGCGCGCACCCUCCCAUUUUGGGCUCGCGCUGCUGCCGUUAAGGCGGGAACCGGCGUUAUCUCUAUUCCAGCGCAAGCCACACCAACCACCGUGCGCGUGGAUCUGCAGGCUCGCGCUGGCGGCCUGAGAGAGCUCGCGCCGAGCCCGGACACUGCGCCUGCGCCGCGGCGGAGACUCGUCUCUACCGGGUCCGCUCCCCUCCGACACCUCGGCAACGCUGACUUCUCACCCCUUUGAGCCGCUUGACCAGGGCACUCUUCUGCCCGCUCUUGGCUAGGCCUCGCUGCUCCAGUGCGGCCUUCAGGUCGGUCACCCGCAGAGCCUGAAGAGGCUUCCCGUCCAGAGUCACCUCCUCCAGCUCCGCCAUCUUGCGUGAGGUACUCGGGUCCGUCCCGACGGCUUCGGGCAUCUUCGGAUGCCCCUGGAAUCAUCGUCUUCGUCAAUGCCGCCAUCCUUCCCUUCUGUGUUACCUUCGGUGCCAGAUGACCUUGCCGGCUCGUCCCCUCCUCCAAUGUCUUACAUCACUUCCCAGGAGAUGAAGUGUAUUCUUCACUGGUUUGCCAGCUGGUCGGGUCCCCAGCGGGAACGUUUUCUGCAAGACCUGGUAGCUAAGGCAGUGCCUGGAAAGCUGCAGCCACUGCUGGAUGGUCUGGAGCAGCUUAGUGUGUCUGGGGCAAACCGGCCACCGUGUAUCUUUGAGUGUCAGCUACGGCUUUGGGAUCAGUGGUUUCGAGGUUGGGCUGAUCAGGAGCGCAAUGAAUUUGUCAGACAGCUGGAGGUCAGUGAGCCAGAUUUCGUGGCAAAGUUUUACCAAGAAGUAGCUGCCACUGCCGGUAAAGACUGAUAGCCAAUCAGAUCAAGAAGAUAACUAUGUCUGAUCAAACCAAAGACCAUGACUAUAGUGACAAUCGAGUGUAAGUUUGUCACUCAGAUUGGCCUGAAUUGCUGGGGUAGUGGUGUGCCCUUUUCUCCAGCACUAGGAGGCAGACGCAGCCGAGCCUAUGUAUCAGGUUCCAGGACAGCCAGUGCUACAAAGAGACCCUGCCUCUGGGGGAAGAAAAUUGUGUGAACUUCAUGAUGAGUGCCAGCACUGUUUUUAACUUAGCGAUGCCACCUGGACUCUAAAUGUCAUCCAUUUAGACAAAUCUGGUUAUGGCACGUACUUGCUUUAGCAGGAGAUGUCUAAAUUCAAGAAUUUAAUGACUUUUGUUACUAUAAUUAAAUGAACCUGUAUUUUAUAACUCAGGUCUACUGCUGGCCCAGAUAGCUGGUUUUACCACAUUCACCCAACUCUAGCAUAAAAUGUGAUGUCCUAACUGUUGGAUUUUCCAGUGAUGAUUUAAUAAAUUAAGGAAAAUCAAGAGAAGAAAAUAAUUACUUGAUCCAUUGCAUUGUUUGACUCCAAAGAGCAAUGAAUGUUAGAUAAACAUCAAAUAGCAGCAACCUUUUCUAAAGCGUGUGUGAUGCACUUAGGGCUGGUGGCAAAUGUUCCUGUUCUGUCAUUGGUCUACAACAGUCUGAAAAUAACUGAUGCUUCACAAAAAUCACUGUUAAUUUGUGGGGGAGUAUCAAAAUAAAGGAUAGUUCUUCACCAUAA